AUGAAAUGGAAAGUUCUUGAACAUGUGCCCCUGUUGGCAGCAAAAACAUUAAUUCUCUGCUUGACUAUUUGCUGGAGUCAAACUCUGCCAAAAGAAAAGAUUGGAGGCAAAACUGAAAGACUGGAGGCUGAAAAGAUGAAGCAAUCAGAGAAGAAAGACAAUAAAGGGAAAUCGAAGAUUCUGUUAUGUAAAUGUCAGCUUGAGUGGACUCCAGCUGAGAAGAAAAAGACACACUUUAUUGAAUGA